ACUGUACCUGAAUUAAUCCACGGAUUUGACUGAAGAAAAAAAAAAAAAAAAAAAGAAACACAAUCUCUCCCCCACUCACAAUCCUACGAGCAGUGUCGAAAUUCUCACCUCGCUUGGUGCAGCGUUAAACUGGUUGCAGGGCAACCCUGUCGAUUCUCACCCUACCUCUCCCAAAAAAAGCAACUGGGAGAGUUUUUUCUCCCGUGUCCCAAUCAGGGGAUCUUGGCAUUUUUGUCUGGAAUUCCUUCCUUUAAAACCGCCGUUCUUCCUCUCUUCUUCCCCCUCUCCACAUCAUCAACGACCACUUCUACCCAACACAACCUCUUUCUCGAUACCAGAUAUAGUCAUUCACCAUGGUGCGCAAUACCUCUCCAUUUCUCUUCUCUUCCUGUCCUCCUUUCACUUUCUUACUAACUUUGCCAUCAUACACAGACCGAAUCAACCACCAUCAUCUCUAAUACGGCGAAUGUACGCUUCCAUCCCACUAACGUCCGAAGCACUUGCGUAAGCUAAUUAUCCUUGGCACUAGCUCGUCAAAUUCCUCAACUUGGAUCAGAAAGGAUCCAUUCUGGCCGAGUAUAUCUGGAUUGACGGAUCUAACGGCGUUAGAUCUAAGACCAAGGUUUGUUUUGACCCUUGGUUUGCUUAUCGCCUACAACUUACCCCACCAUUAUCGACCCCACCACCAACAAGCCAACCCUAACACUAUUUUCCUCAACCCAACUGACCGUUCUAUUUUUUUAGACUCUCUUCAAGAAGCCGUCCUCUGUCGAAGAUUUGCCCGAAUGGAACUUUGACGGGUCUUCUACUGCUCAGGCCCCUGGUGAAGAUUCGGACGUCUACCUCCGUCCCGUGGCGAUUUACCCCGAUCCGUUCAGACAGGGUGACAACAUCCUCGUGUUGGCUGAGUGCUGGAACUCGGACGGUUCUCCUAACAAGUUCAACCAUCGUCAUGAGUGUUCUAAGAUUAUGGAGGCCCACAAAGAUCAAAAGCCCUGGUUUGGCUUAGAGCAGGAAUACACCCUCUUUGAUCUUUAUGGAAACCCGUACGGAUGGCCCAAGGGAGGCUUCCCGGGCCCUCAGGGACCAUACUACUGUGGUGUCGGAACCGGCAAGGUUUAUUGCCGUGAUAUAGUGGAAGCUCACUACAAGGCUUGUUUAUUCGCUGGAGUCAAGAUAUCUGGAAUCAAUGCCGAGGUUCUUCCGUCCCAGUGGGAGUUCCAGGUUGGCCCGUGUCUUGGUAUUGAGAGUGAGGUUACCCUCAACUCUGCAUAAUAACUCUUACUAACUAUUCGGCAGUGGGUGAUCACCUCUGGAUCGCCAGAUACCUCCUUCACCGUGUUGCCGAAGAAUUCGGUGUUAAGAUCUCGUUCCACCCCAAGCCAAUCCCGUAAGUUUUCUGUCUGUCUGUGGCAAGGUCGUAUCAACGCUAACAUAAUCAAUAGUGGUGACUGGAAUGGUUCAGGCCUACAUACCAAUGUUUCGACAGAGGCCAUGCGUGAGGAGGGAGGCAUGAAGGCUAUUGAGGAAGCUAUUCAAAAGUUGUCCACUCGACACGCUGAACACAUCGCCGUCUACGGCGAUGAUAACACUCUCCGUCUCACUGGUAGACAUGAGACCGGAUCCAUUGAUGCCUUUUCCUAUGGUGUUGCGGAUAGGGGAUCUUCUAUUAGGAUCCCUAGGUCUUGCGCGAAGGAAGGAAAGGGUUAUUUUGAAGACCGACGCCCUGCAUCUAAUGCUUGCCCAUACCAGAUUACUGGUAUCAUGGUUAGUCUAACCAAAUUCCUUGAUCCCGUGUUAAGAAUAAUUACUGAUAUAUUUUAUAGAUGGAGACAAUUUGUGGCGGCAUUUAGAUUAUGGGUUUUCUUUACUGGCGCAGUUGAUGUCUCUUCGGUUGUUUUGUCUCUUUUCUUUUCUUUUCUACUUGUCUUUUACUUUAGACACGGAUGUUAGCGAGGCCUCCAAAAGGAGAUCUGAAGUCUAGCGAUUAAUGCGAAAAUGAGAUUACAGCCGCAAUACUGUAGAUUUUCUGUUUGCCUCUUCUCGCUCCCUUGAUACGAUGAAAAGAAGUGAAGAUUUGGUGUAACCAAAUAGCUCAACACCAAGCGGCCCACUCUUUUUCUCCCCUCUUCCCUCCCGGAUUUCCCACUCUAUCGACCUAACCAACCUAAAACACGUUUUCCGAACCCUCCCGACAAUACAUACGCCCCCUUUCCACGCUACCUGUAUCGACCCGGUUCUACCUCUGUGGACCCGAGGGGCCGGAGCAUACGUUCC